AUGCUGGAAUUCUGGUUCCAUUCGGAGACCAGUAGUCUUACUGAGAACUGCAACGCCAGCUCUGCCAUGGCGUUACGACAACCAGUCAGGAAAUUGGACGAAUCCAAAUACUUUUUAUUGCGCCUUAUGGGUGCCAAAAUAACUGUCGAGAUAUUAGAUAAUCGUAAAUUUGUGGGAUCGUUAAUGUGCACAGAUCGGGAUGGCAAUAUUGCCAUGCGGGACGUCGUUGAGCACCCACCACCAGAUGUGGCUGUUAAAGAUAAUUUAACAAGGAGGCUGUUUUUAAUAACGAUUCGUGGCAUACAUAUUAAAAAGAUACUGGCGGAGGCAAGGAGUGUCUACAACGUCAAAAGGGUUUGUGGUGUUGUUUCGUUGUAUUGGGCUGUAUCCAUCUCGUUAGUCUUCAUAAACAAGUGGCUUCUAAGCAAUUCUGAUAUUUCGCUCGAUAUUCCUCUCUUCAUUACCUGGUUUCAAUGUCUCGUCACCGUCAUACUAUGUAUUAUUUUGUCAAAAAUCUCAAGUGCUGUACCGGACAAACUUUCUUUUCCCAGUCUUGAUUUUAAAUGGCAAACAGCCUUGAAUAUCAUGCCAUUGAGCAGUGUCUUCUUUACUAUGGUUGUUUUCAAUAACCUUUGCCUCAAAUAUUUGGAUGUCGCGUUUUAUUUCGUUGCUCGUUCCCUCACAACAAUUUUUAACGUGGUGCUCACCUACCUCAUCCUACGUAAGAAAACCUGUUGCAAGGCUAUUGCAUGUUGCGGAGUAAUAAUCGCUGGAUAUAUAACCAGUGUCCUUCAGGAAAACGGACUAGGGACUUUAUCACCCUCGGGUCUUUUCUACGGCCUCUCCGCCAGUUUUUCUGUUUCUCUAUUCUCCAUACUCACAUCAAAAAGACUACCUUACAUUGGUGGUAGUGUUUGGCGCCUCACAUUCUACAACAAUCUCAAUGCUUCCGUCCUGUUCAUCGCUGGCAUCGUCGUCACUGGAGAACUGACCGAACUACAGUAUCUCCCCCACGCAUUCAGUUAUUUAGGACUGUUUUUCUGGGGCAUGAUGUUGAUCAGUGGAGUCUUCGGAUUUGCCAUCAGUUACGUGACUACGUGGCAGAUUCAAGUAACCAGUCCGCUGACGCACAAUAUCUCGGGAACGGCAAAGGCAGCGGCACAGACCAUCCUCGCAACGAUAAUUUCGCUUCACUUUAGGUCUGUUCUCUGGUGGCUGGGCAACUGUAUGGUAGUUGCCGGCUCUGUGGCUUACGCCUACGUACGGCACAAGCUAGCCCUCAAGGAGCACCAACAUCAGCAAGGCACAUCGACUGAUGGCGACCGAGAAGCUCCCCCCUUCGAGACAGUGGCUAUCGAAAAAGAUAACCCCAGUGGUGAACAUUAG